AUGGACCAUUCCAGUGGGCGUCGCUGGGCGUCGUGGUCGGUGGUCGGCCCUGGAGAUGGUGGAGGAGGCGGCGGAGGACGACCAUCCAUGACAUGGCAUGGCGGUGCGAGGCCAGCCAGCCAGCCAAGCCAGCCCCGACGCCUGCCGCGGCCGCCGCCAGUCCUGGAUGUCUUUACAGACGACACACACUUUUCUGGAGGUACCUGCGCUGGACUGCAUGUACCACCACCAUGGCUGGGUCAACGGCCCAGUGGUGGUGGCGGGAAGAGAACCGUGCCCGGACCAGGCGGUGCUGCACGUGGACCGCAGAGGCUGCCAGCGCGCAGUGCGCUGCGGUGGCGGGCGGUGGGAGUUGCAGUGCCGUUGCCGUGCAGUGCAUCAUCUCGAUUUCGAUCAACAAUGGGCGGCGCCGUGGAAGGGUGGAGGGGCGACUUUGAGGCUCCCCGUGCGCGGGUCCCCGGACUUGGGGCGGGCAAGGCGGGCUCGUCAGCACUCUAUCAUCGCCAGGCAUGCCCGUCGAUGAUGGCUCCUUUUGCUGAAUAG